UUUAGUAAAGCGUUUUGUAGCUUGAUUGCAGAUCUCUAAAUCGCUUUUAUUUUAAUGGGACAUUAUUCCAUAAUAUAUAGUUGUAAUCAUUUUAAGAGUUAUGCUAGUGUAUGACGAUAUUAACAACAUUAUUUUAAAUUUGUUCAACAAUAAUACAGUAUAAGAAAGAAAAUGUGGUUCCUGUAUGUGUGAGUGGACUAUCGCGCGUAUUCAGAAUUAUUUAUUGUUACAAAAAAAUUUUCAGUAUUCAAUUACAAUUCCGUUUUUGGAAGUAAAAGUAAAAUUAUGAUUAAUUUUUGGAAGUUUAAAUACAAGAGACAGCCUUGUAUAUUUUCUCAAAAGGAACGCGGUUUUGCUGUUCAUUUGUAACAAAUAUUAACAUUUGUAUUAAAUUAAAUACGUCUUCGAUACAUUCGCAUAAUUUACUGUACACAAGGUCGCGUACUCGUCUGCAGUUACUAUAGCAAAUUUAAAUAGAAAUGUAUUGUAAUCUUAUUUAUUAUAGAUAAAUUGGUGAUCAAUUAGUACUUUUUUGCAUCGUCAAAUAAAUUGGAAAAAGUAUAAUGUGAAGUAUACAAACGGUACUUAUUCUCUUCUGAAGUUGAACCUUUAGUCCUUUAUAUGCAAAUCAUACUCGAGUUUCUAUUAUAAGUUUUUAUUGUUAAAAAAAUUGCUUUAAUUACAAAACUUUCGUUAAAAUAACCAACAAGUUUUACAAAUUAAUAGCCUUCGAUUCUCAUAACAGUUUUCUGACAGUAUUCUAGAAGUAGAUUGUUCAAAAUUUAGAAAAAAGGCAGUUUUAUUUCAAGACGUAAUAAACUUGAACUAAAUACGCACACAUUCGUAAUUAGAGUCAUUCAUGAGAGGUAACAAUGUUAAUGUGCCUUUGAGUUACGUAGAAUAGCCUAACGAUGGCGAUAUAAUCGCGGCCAGGGUCGAUGUUUUUGUAAUGUGCGUAUACAAGUGCCCGAAAGCCAGCAGUCGAGAUGCCGCAAAGGUUUCUGGGUAUGCGGAGGGAGCCAUAUUUUUCCAAUAUCAGUUAUGCGAAAACAGCGUACGCAUAGCAUCCGCAGUAUGGAAUUUCGUUCAGUAGCCUGCGUGAAGUCUGUGUUAUACAAGAGGAAUUGAUUACGAAGCAGACGACAGGGGACCAGUGGAAGACGGAAAGGCAACAGUGCUAGUCAGAAAAUAAUAAGCGUGCGUUUCCACGCGAUCACGAAGCGAGGUUCGGUGAAAACGACGAGCGCGGGCCGCGCAGGUGUUCGAGUCGAGAAGAGGGUUAGUUAACUUAACCCGAGUUCGUAACCGCGACCGGUGGUAGUGGUGGUAGUACUAGUGGUGGUGGAGGUAGUGGUGGUGGUGGUGGUGCUACUGCUGCUGUGACGAUGACACAGCGUCAUAACACAACGUACGUCCGUCCGUGCGAUUUAACGCGAAUUGUUAUGGCAGUAUAAAGUGUUUUUUGUACUUAGUGUGCAUUCGCGCCAUUACCGAUCGAACGAGUCGUGUCUCGGUCACGAUUAACCAGUGCGUAUUCAGUGUCAAAGGAGAUGGCUUUCUUGUUUAGUGUGUGAACCAGGUUUCGGAGUAGCGUAUUUUUUUAGUGACAGUGGCACACGAUGACAUAAUUCAGUUCCAUUCAUUGUUUCUUCGUUGAAAAGUGAGUGCGUAUAUGUGAAACGGAAUAAUCCGAACUGCGGCCGUGAAUAAAGCGACGAGACCGUGGCAGUGACACGACCUCAACGUGGACCAUUUUUCAAGCGUUAAUUAUUUCGCGGUUCAAAGUGUUUUUAUUCUUUGCCACCAAAAGUCGACUCGAACCUUCGCCGUUGCUAUCUGGUAAUGUUUACAAUGCGUCCGGUUGGUGAUGCUAUUGCUUCGGUACAGCGUAUACUGCGUAAUUAGUUCAGUGCUGUAGCCCCAUUCUGUUGUUUCGACGCGACUGAAUUGGUGUGCCAGACAAAUGAGUGAGCGGUCGUAUCGCAGACCCACCUUAUCAACAACAAUAGAAGCGUAAUGUCCAAAUAAAUUAAAUAAUCGUCGAUCGUACGUCAUCAAAAUUCUGCGAAGUAUGAAAAUUUUAAAGGACUACUCUAAUUUUAUCGAAUUCUCUCCACGUUGGAUUUUAUCGAAUUUAUUUAAAAAAUUUUAUCGACGAAUCCGUGACAAGUUACGACGUUACAUUACAAUUCCCCUUUUAUAAACAAGAUUAAGUGGGUCCACGUAACAAUUUCGAAAAGAGCCCGAGCAGAUGUAAAACGAAGUCACGUCGACUAAGCGGUGAAACCUUCAAACCAUAAUUGUUAUUUUCAUACAAAUUUUUAAUCAUUCACGAUAAGUGAAAAAAAUACACAACGGCAGCGUUUUUACCGCGGUUUUCGAUGGAUCAUCAAGCAGCGUCGACGGAACUAUAGUAGUAAUGCCAAAAUGUACGGGUCCGCGGCGUAGAGGUUAGACGGGCAUUGACCGUUGAAUAGCGCGUGUCUGUCGUCCGUCGGAUACUUUCCAGUUUUAAAAUCUUGGCACCGUUACCGUAACUCCGUACAGUCAUCCGUCGUCGUGGCUCAAGUGUUUCAGGUGGGUGUGUGCACGCGUGACCCAGCGAUAUUUUCCACGGGAAUAAAAGGUGAAACUCGCGAAAGAGAGGAAAGAGAGCCGGCCGGUGAAAUCGAAACAUCCGUUUGGCGUGCCGCGCGCGGUGAAGCCAAGGAUGUCGAGCGACGAGAUUGUGAAGGGCAGCUGCGAGAUUCCAAGCAUCGGUGAUCGUGCGCGGCCAGGAAGGAGGACCGAGAGUACGUAGUUAGGUUUCGGCGGGUGGCAGACGACACGCGCGAUUAUAUUCGUUUACGGAGGAUGCGGCAGGACCUUGAGGUACCUCCACGUAGGCGUGCUAACAGCAGCGUUCCAGUGAUGUCGGUGUCGGGGUUACCUGCAGCGCUGCUGGACCUGGACCAUGGCCGGCAAGCCUGAGCAGCCGUCCACACACCCUGCUCCCCUAAGUCACAGUCAUCAUCAUCAUCACCACCAUCAGCAACAGCAUCAUCAUCAACAACAACAACAGCAACAACAACAGCAGCAGCAGCAGCAGCAACAACAACAACAACAACAACAACAACAGCAACAGCAACAUCAUCAACAACAACAACCGCAACAGCAGCAGCAGCAAGAUCAAUCGGAUCAACAUCAACAACACCAACAACAACAACGCGCCCAGCACGCUCAUGGGAUCCAACAAAACAGUGUUUUAGUGUACGUAUCAGGGGAGAAUUUUGCGUACGCGACGGCGGUCGGUCAGAAUGCCGCCGCCGCCGCCGCUGCUGCUGCUACCGCAGUCGGGUAUCAGUCCCCGCAGCAGGCGACGUACACCGGUAUUCUACCGCCGCAGGUGGCGACGGCGGCGGCGACGUUUCCCGCCAAAACCGCCAUAUACUGUAACGAUAACAGCGGCGUCGGCGGCGUCGCCGCCGCUGCUACGGCGACUAACUGUUGCCGAUUGAAGCAGCUAGAGUACGUCCCGUCCGUCGAUGGUGACUCCGGUCGGUCCGCGCGCGCCUUGUCCACUGGUAACGUGGACGAGGAGGAUGAUUACGGGACGAUUGUGGCAAACAAUGGUUUAUUGUACCGGCAGGCGAAUUUCAUUCAGGCGACCAGCGGUACGACAGCCACCACGACGAUGACGUGCGUGGUGUCGGCGUGCGACAACAAGAAUGCGGUAACCCGUAGCACGCUGGAGAACGAUACCGGGAAUGCGGAGGGCCUAGCCAUGACUAACGUAGAGCCGAUCGGCAGGGUGAAUGGCACCGAGAUGGUACCAAACAAAUUAUUUCCAUCGAGGAUCCACACCGAGAUCUAUCCCUCUGCGGCUGGCCGACUGACCGACGGUUACAGUAAUAACGCUAGGAUUGCGCAGGCAAGUCUUGGGGAGGGUUGUGUCGGUCUGUUGAGUGACGACGGUGCCGCGUGCGUCGCGUACGUGCGACAAGGGAGCGAGCCCACGCAAACGUCCGCGAGUGUUUUCCAAGCCGACAGUGUGGAGCAACAACAACGAGUCGACAUGGACGAGAAGAGUCGACAACAGGACGCUUUCCAGAAUCAGGUCGGCGCGUCGCUUUCCUCGACCUCCUCGUCAGUCGUUGGUGUCAGUGGUGCCGGUGUCGGCGGAGGUGGUAGUGGUGUUGUCGUUGUUGUCGGUAACGGCGGUGGCAGUGGUGCGGUUAGCUGCGACUCCGUUCGUUCCGAUACCGGUGAAUCGUCGACCUAUAGCAGCUUGAGCAGUCCCGAAAGUCAAAGUCAAUCAUCAGCGCACGACGGUUUGUCGUCGGCCGGCGCAACGGUCAACGGUGGCGGUACCUGCGCGCAGCAGGCUGCGCGUCAGCCGUCGUUGGCGUGUAUCAACAACACUAACAAUAAUGACAAUACCGGUCAGCAAAAUGUAGUGUUAACGAUGAACGGUAGUGCGGUGGUUGCACAGCAGCAGCAGCAACAGCAGCAACAGCAGCAGCAGCAUCAUCAACAAGCGAUUACAGUGCCUCGUGGAUGGAAAAGGAUAUGCACCAACGGGGUCAUCAUUUACAUCAGUCCAAGCAGUACAGCGCUGGGUUCGCUGGAUCAGCUGAAGGAGUACCUGACGACAGUGGGAACCUGCAAAUGCGGUCUUGAAUGUCCGCUGAAACCUGAACAGGUCUUCAACUUCGACCCCAAGGUUGCGACACGACCUUGGAGCCCGGAUCAGGGCAAGACGCGGGAGAUGACCAAGCUUUGCAACCAUAAGAGGAAACUUUUGCUGCCAAUAACGGCGGCUAGCAGUCCUGUUGCAUCCUGCACGCAGGCGGUCUCCUCGUCGACUUUAUCCUCUGGCCCGACCGUAACCGCGAUCCACGUGAACGCAGACUCGCCCACCUCGCCGGACAAGGCCAGGAAAGAUGGCUUGAACAAAAAGAAGAAGAGGAAAUUGGGAGGGAUAGGGAGCAUUUUUUCCGGAGUAUCAGUCUCACAGCUUAUGGCGCAACGCGAGAGGGCUAUUGUCGCAGCAUCUGGUGUCCAAGGUUCAUCGGUGCCAAAUGGAUCGCAGGUGUGGCCGAUCACAAUCCCUAAUUUGCAAGUUCAGCAGAACAAUCAGCAGAUCUGCCAUCAGACGCUAAACUCAUCCUCGCAAAAUCAAGAUGUGAACGGCUGUGCAACGAGAAAUCCUCAGCAAAGGUUAGGUCAGCACAACAUGUCGGGGAUGCUGAUGGGAAAUCCGCUGAUCAUGAAUCAGCAGGCGGCCAACUUCAAUAACAUGACGCAGCAGCAGCAACAGUUGUUGCAGCAGCAGCACCAACAGCUCAUAUUGCAACAGCAACAGCAGCAACAACAACAACAUCAACUGAUGCAACAGCAGCAACAACAAACGCAGCAGUUGCUGCCGCAUCAUCAGCAAAUGCAGCACAUGCAAAUUUUACAACAGCAAGAGCAGCCGCAACAUCAGAAUGCGGUUGUGAAUCAAUUAGCGCAACAGCAAGCUCCGCACUAUCUAAAUCAGUUAAAUCAGCAAUCGUUACACGUGAUGCAGCAACAGGAACACAUGAACCAACAGCAGCAGCAACAACAGCAGCAGUUGCACAUGCAGCAAAUACAGAAACACAAGAUGCAGCAGCAACAACAACAGCAACAGCAUCUGACGCAAGAGGUCGAUCAACAAUCUGGGACUUUCAGUUCUCAGCAUGCGUCAGAAAAUUAUGUGCAUCACAUGCAACAGUCGCAAGUGCCGUCUCAACCUGCGCUUCAUCCUCAACUGCAUCAACUUCAUCAGCAUCAAAUGCAACAGCAACCGCAACAACAUCAGUCUAACCAGCACGUAAUGCAAGCUCAACCAGCUGAUCCCUUCCAAAUGCAGAUACAGCAGCUGCAACAGCAACAACAAGUACCUCAGGUGUGCGUUCAGUCUCAGUAUCCUACUCAGCAAUUGAGUCACCAUUCGUUAGACGUGAUGCAGCAACAGAAUUCAGGUUCGGUGAUGAACACGAUGAACAAUCCCGAUAUGCAGAACAGGCAUAAUCGCACGCCAUCUGUGACGGAUGAGGAUCUGAACGCGAAGCAAAUACAACAGCAGCAGCAACAACAGCAGCAGCAGCAGCAACAGCAGCAACAGCAGCAGCAGCAGCAGCAACAACAACAGCAGCAACAACAGCAACAACAACAACAACAACAACAACAGCAGCAGCAGCAGCAGCAGCAGCAGCAACAACAUCAGCAGCAGCUACUGCUACAAAAUCAUCAAUUGCAGCGCCAUCACGUGGUGCAGAACGGGAACAUGCCGAACGCGCACGACAACGUGCAGCGUAUGUAUGCUCAAAAUCAGGUUCAGUAUUCAGCGAAGAGUUUCGAUGUGGCUAAAGGGAACACCGGGGACGUGAAGCAUCAACAACAGUACACUCUGUCGAAUGUAGCGGGAAGAAGCCCGAACAGCAAUCACACUGUUGAAGCACAAUCCGGUAUGGGACCAAACGGGCAGCCCGGAAACAUGCAUUUCACAUCGAGGACGCCCCCAUGGCAGCAGAAUAGACCAGCGUCAGCUUCUCAUCAGCCUUCUCUUGUCACCGUGCAGAAUAUCACUUGCAACUCCUUCGACCGCGUUCCGCCCCUGCAUCAUCACAUUCCACAGGCAACCACCUGGACCGACGAGGUGGCGCGGAAGAAGGCGAAACCUAGCAAGGUAGUAGUGAAGAAGCAACGCCAGCACAGUGUCACAGAUGUUAGGAACAACACCCUAGACCAAUCGGCGCCGAGUCCGAUCGAUGAAUUCAAUGAUAAAUCUCAUCAGAACAAUAGUCAAAUAGGUUCAACCGUGAACAGCAGUGGGCCGUCGUUCCUGGAAGACCCGAGUGGAUACCUGGCGCAGCAGACUGCAUUGUUGAACAGUACGAUAUCACGGCAGACCGGUGUCAGCAGUUCGCAGGUGGGAAUGGUGAACAACUCGAAGACCCCGCAGACGAGCCACGGGUCGCACUUGACCAAUAACGCUUAUCUUCCACAACCAAAGCCUUCCUCCAGCGUUAGCCCGACGAGCACGUCGACCUUUAACUCCGUGAAGAACCACGCGACCUCGCCGGUUGUCGUGCACAGCAGCAUGACGCCGACGUCGAGUAACGCUGGCGCCGACUCGGAGAGCAGUCCCUGCCAAGGUUGCGUGACCAGUGCCGACACCCAGUCCUAUGUACAGGAUCAAUAUAAACAGCAAAUCCAACGUCAGUACCUGAUGCAUUCGGAUCAACGGGAGGAUCCUGUCACGUCGUCCACGUUCGGCGAACAGUAUCAGAGCAACCAGCAGCAGGUGGAUUCAAGGCCGAUACAAGGCGGCACUGUGAGCACUAGUCAUGGAUCCCCUAUCGGGACGAACAGCCCGGCGAACUCGGACACGCCUGCUUCGUCGACGCCCGGUAUAUCGCAGCCGGCGACGCCGCAGAGUCUGAUCUCAUCCCAGCCCUCGACGCCGCACAGUUAUUCGCAACCGCCAACACCUCAUUCCCACGCCACGUCGGGUCAGGUGCCAUCGCAACCGCUAACACCUCAGGCUCAACAGCCGUCGCAGUCUUCGAUGAGCGCAGGUGUCCUGGAGCAACGUUCCGAGACGCCUUGUUCGGUCACGACCAGCUCCAGUGGCGUAUCCGUUAGUACUUCCUCGCUGCAAACCACGUCGUCCACGACGGACAAUAUGGCGCCCCAAAUGAAUAAAAGGCAAACCGUCAGACAGUCAUCCCUGGAAGGCUACCAGCCACAUCCUCACACCGUGAACGCCGUUGCCAGAGUGCCAAUGAAUCACUUCGGUGGCACGUCUUCGGUGAUAACAACGAUGGCUAGCGGACAUACCGUCAGCAGCAACACUAUCACGUCCGUAUUGGCGGGCAGAGCAAACACGGCGACGGUUUCCAUCAACACGCCUUCCGGAAUCCCCAAUCCCGCUAUACCGGAUAUACUUUCGAACAAACCUCAGCAUCAAAACAGCCCCACGGCUCUGACGAACGUGACGGCUACUGCUGCGACCACGCACUCCACUCUCCCGAGUAGUCAACCGUCGAUAGCAAUCAGCGUUUCGAAGUCACCGCUUGAGAUGGUUCAGAGUGUGGUCAGCAGCAUACAGGUACCUCAGGCCAGUACGAGUUCGCCGGUGCAACCGCAGAAUCAACCUCAACAACAGCAGACACAACAGCAUCCUCAAUCGAACGUCCAGGUUCACAAUGUCCUCACGUCCGGUGGAAUGCUGAAACAUCCAGCUGGGUCUACCUUACCUCCAGGUCACAUCUUAGUGUCCAGCGGUGGCCAGUUGAUAAUGGCCAGCACUGGAACGGGUAUCAACGGCGUGAUGGCGCCUCCUCCACCGAAGAUCAUUUCGAAUUCGAACUCCAUGCCGCCAUUGUCUGUCUCGCCCAUGGUUACCAGUGUCACAGGAGCUGUCAGUCAGGUGAUCCCAGCGGUCGGCGUGGCUCAACAAGUCAUUGGGCAGCCUACAGUCCUAGUGAACACCAUUCAGACUCCCGUACUUAUACAGCCCGGUGUGAUGACAAUGGACAGUAUAGGGCAGAAUGUUCAGAUACCACAUCUGACCGUUGCCACCGGCAACGUCAUACAGAACGCUCAGUCAAUCAUAGAUGCGAAUCAGGACGUCGCCAGGAAUGUCAAUGCAGGUCAAGGGAUGGUGAACCGGCAGCCGGCGUUGCUGUCGCCUGAAUCGGCGAUGAGCAAGAAGAAAGCGUACAAGAAACGAAAAGCUAACCCGCAAACGGUCGCAUCCAUGCUGCACAUCGCCUCGUCCCAGCAGAACGCCGGCAUGCUGAUGCAGUCGCAGUCAAACUUUGCGCAGCAGAAUUUCCAGACUCAGAGCAUAGGCGGACCGAUGUUGCAGGCGUUGACGAUAGUACCGGGGAAAGGUGGCGCACCGGCCCAGUUGGUGAUGAACGGACAAGCGGGCGCCGCGUCGGCGCAGUUCAACGCUCAGCAGAUCAUCACGAAUCCUCAACCGACUCAGCAAAUCAACCUCCUCCAACCGGUGAAUCUGUUGAACGGCGCAGCAGGCAUGGUGCAGAACUUCCCGACCAUUCAGCAGUUCAUCGUUCCAGGCAUCGGCAGCAUGGUCAUGUCCGCAGACGGGACAGCAACCCUGCUGCAGGACACUGGGAACAUCGGCAUGCAGCUACAGAUACAGAACGUGAACGGUCAAAAUGUAUUAACCCCGGUUCAGAGUCACAGUGGUAUAUUCAAUCCAAGUCAAAGCAUUUUGGCAGCUGGACCCGCUGGAAUGGUGAUUCGCGCGCCUCAAGCGACGGGCGGGAAAAUCAUCCAGCAGCACAGCCCUGGCGCGCAGUUCCUAUCGCCUAACAGCGGCCAGUUUCUAGUGAACGGCACUACGUCAUUUGGGAAUCAGCUGAGCCCGAUAGUGGCGAAUGUCAGCCCGAAUCAGCAAGUGACUUUCAACACAUCGCAGGUUCGGCCAUCCAAUAUGCAGGGCCAACAGGAGUUCAUACAGAUGAACGGGCAGACGUUGAUGGUGCCUUGUGGCACCGCGCAGAACAUCGCUGUCUCGUCUGCCUCGAAUCAGCAGAACACUACGUUUGUGCAGCAGAAUACUACGAUCGUCCAACAGCAAACCACCAUGGUGUCCAAUAAUCAGAUACCGAAUUUUCAAUCCGCUGCUUCAAACGGGACUGCCGUUGAUCCUUCGCUGAACAUCGAUCACAAUCAGUCGUACAUCUUGAGCUCCGGCAUGAUUCAAGGAAAACCGCCCAACUCGCCGAAGAGCAGUGUGAACUCGCCGUCUGCAGAGCAGAACGUUGAGCAGCAGCAGUAUGUCCUUGCUACUAGUAGCACAACUGUCGUUGAAAAGAGUGCGCAACAGAAUGACCAGCAUAGUCCGCUGAUGGCGAGACAUUCUGUGUCCACGCAGACGGCUGGGAACCAAGCCAAUAUGGCGCAGUCGGCGAUGAUGAGACAGGGGUCGCCUCCAGAUACCACCACACAUAGUCCCGGGAACAGUCAAAGAUCGAACAGCCCUGCCGUGGACACUACGACACAUGGGGCUGCCUCGCCAGCACCGCCGAUUACUGCUAGACAUCAUUCAUCAUCUACGCCGAUGGUUCAUUGCGUGUCAAGCAGCGAACCGGACUCGGGCGACGUGCCGGUGGCGUCGGAAGACUGGAGGAUUCAGGGUAUUACCACGAAAGAAAUAACCCUUAGCCAACCGGGUCUUCACGGGAAGACAUACGUGGAGUCGACGGUGACUACUGGGAUCCAGAUCUAUACGACAGAGACGUUGAAGCAGACGGAAGGUGUGGUGAGCACAGUGAGGUGCGAGGGCAGGGAACAUGCCCUCGGCCGCGGAAUCAAACGAAAACUGGACUCCAUCCAUUCCAUGCAUUCAACCCUGCAUGAAGACCAAGAUGUAACCAAGGCGAAAUCAGAGGAGAAGAGCCAGAGGAAACUGGAAGUGGGUGAGCUAGUAUGGGGCGCCGCAAGAGGAAGUCCGGCAUGGCCGGGCAAGGUCGAGUCGUUAGGCCCCCCGGGGUCUAUGACGGUCUGUGUCCGUUGGUACGGGGGCGGGGGCGGUCGGAGCCAGGUCGAGGUCAAGGCUCUCAAGUCCCUCUCCGAAGGCCUCGAGGCGCACCACCGUGCGCGAAAAAAGUUUAGGAAAAGUCGUAAAUUGAAUAUGCAGCUGGAAAAUGCCAUACAGGAGGCAAUGGCUGAGCUGGACAAGGUGUCGGAGUCGAGCAAGGACAAGAAGACCUCCUCCAGCAAGCCCUGCAGGGUGACUGGUCUGAAGGGAUCGGAGAGCAGCGCUUCUAAGUCCGAAGGGAAGAAGUCGUCGAAAAAGUCCGUCGGCACCUUGAACCCGGUUGCAUCCGAGCAGAAGCAGUGCCGAUGACCUCCGAGCGAAUCCACGUUAAAGAACAUCACGAUAUCGCGCGGCGUUCCUGUGUAUAAUUAACGCGUGUCUAGGGAACAGGUGUCCUCGAAACUGUAAUUUCAAAGAGGGGAAGAGAGGCGAACGCCGAGGGCAAUCGACCAGCGUCCUCGUGUUCGUUGCAUCUGUGAUUAACGAGAGAUUGACGCACGUUCUGCGUUGUUUUCACCGCCGCGAAACGUCGCGUUCGAAUCACGCCUCCGCGAACGUGAUGCGGGCCAGCGUGAAUUUCAGGAUCAUUUUUACUUGCAUCGAAUUUUCGAAUUAACGCGACGUUCAGCGUCGAUACAUAUAUUGUCGGGCCAUGAAAACAGCGUGGAACGAGCGGAAUCGAUCGUUACGUAUCUCCUUUCUGUCGUGACGAAACGAAUGGCAACCAAAAAUGGAACUUCCAGUAUUAGCGGUAGUGGAAUGGUUCUAUCGAAGAUGAUCUUGCCGGGCCGAUUUGCUCGUAGACGGAGACGACGGGUUUGCCCUAUCGGAGAAUUCGUGUAAAUAUCGAGGAUGUUCUCUUUCCGGUGUGUUUCUCCCGUGUCGCGAUUCGUUCUUUCUUGUACAUAGACGAAAUUCCGAUCGGAAUCAUGAAGGAUACAUUCUGCGUAGCGGUAGACCCUGCUCGAGGGAGAGGGAUAUUAGCGGAUGAAAAUAAAUUUGAUGGAGAAAUUGAAGGGAGAACGAGGCGAAGAAAAGUAUAUGAUACGAUUGAGUUCCAGCUACGUUCUGUUAGCGAGAAGUCUGUCGGGAUGUUGAUCGACGCGAUGUAGAAUAAUUCAUGAUUAUUAAUCCACGGUAAUUCAUUGCUACGUAGGCGUGUACAGUUAGAGCGGAAACCAUUUUCCCGUCGGUGUUCGAAACUUCGACUCCCCGCAAGCGAAACCACUCGCGAUUCGUGUUGAAGUGGUCGACGAAUGGCGGCGUUCUUUUUACAGUUAGGGACGGUUAUGUUCUUAAUUUGUUAAGAAUAUUUUUAAAAAUUUACUUGAAACGCGUUUCUGAAACGAAAUUGUUGGAUUAUAGUUGCGUGCUGGAACUGGUGCACGAAAAUAUGUUUUUUUAGAGCGAGGAUUGACUGGAAAACGAAGGGGGAUGGGGGGUGAGAAUUUGUAAAAAAAACGAACAGCUAAAUUAGAGACUUGUUAAGGGAUAAAAUUUAAGCGUGUAUCCGUAUUAUUCAU